AUGUGCGAUGGAUGGAACGGAGAAAUUCAGAAUUUGCUGAUCUUCGUGAGUCGAAUUCAGCUUUAUGCGCCGCCAGUCGCCUGUUUGACGUCGGUGAAGGCUGGUCUGUUCUCCGCAAUCGUCACUGCUUUCUCGGUCGAGGUUGCCAAAGAGCUUCAGGAGCCUCCCGAGGCCGCUUCUGUCCAACUUCUGGCUCGAAUAUCGGCUCAACUAGAGGCAAAUUCCAGUCCAACGGAUAUCCCAUUGCCGCAACUUGAACCUUUCGUCGCGGCGCCCAGCACGGUCCGGAUCAACCUCCUCUGGAUGAUAAGUCUCACCAGCAGCCUCGCGGUCGUGACGAUAGGCAUUCUAUGUCUGCAAUGGAUACGAGCUUACCAGCGCCAAUACUCCGGAAGAUCCCUAAAGGAAGCAAUCGCGGCGCGUAACUCCAGGAACAGCUCUUUGCAAUCGUGGCACGUUCCUCUGAUCAUCACCCUACUCCCCAUCCUCCUCCAGGUCGCUGUAGCCCUAUUCCUCAUUGGACUAGUGGAGUAUUUCUAUCACAUGAACCACACGAUCGGCUAUGUCCUGGGUGCACUGGUGGGCACAACCCUGUUCUUUGUCGUCGCCACAACAAUCCUUCCGGCACUUUGCGACUUCUUUUUCUACUACUACGGCAGUGUAUAUGGCUACUCCUCCGGCGUCUUUCCCGUCAGUUGUGCCUACAAAUCACCUCAGGCAUGGGGCUUUACAAUGCUCUGCAGUAGAAUUGUGGCGCUGUGGUGCAUGGUCUUCAAAAACGCCAGCCGCCCUGUACGCAGCUUUGCCAAAGUGAAGAACCUUGCCAACUGGAGCGCCUAUGACAGGUGGUGGAGCCACACAUCGGAGGUGCAGAGCAACUAUAUCUGGGGACUGUGUAGGAUGGCGCGCCAAUUCCAACAUGGUGAUCCCGUCGUGACAAGAUCGGUUUACUCCUGCGUCCGGGACCUCACGACUGUGCAAGACCUCGAUCACUUCAACCGGUACAUGUACGGGCCACAGGAGCGCCCUCUAGGACAGACCUUCGACCCCACCCAAGUAAACCUGAUCAAGGACUAUGUGAUGUACAAGGUCGGGCUCCAGAUGUUUUCGUCGUCCGAAGAUUUCCAUGUUCCGAUGGGAGAAUGGGAGCACCUCCAUCGUCUGGAGUUGUUUGUACGCCUGUACCAAAACCUUCCUGAAAGCUUCCUGGAAGAGGUCUUCGUUGCAUGUCCCGCUGUUGUAGACGGAUCAGUGAGCGAGAAUAGGACGAUUCCCCGCUUGCCCGACGGUAAGCGCGCAUUGCCUUUGAACCGUUACUCCGUCUCUCAUUCCAACGUUUUUAGAGCUUCGUAUACAGCUAUUCAAGAUAUUCAAGACCCGGCUUGA